GACGUCAGCCGUUAGCGCGGUUGUUUACUUUAUAUUUUUGCCAUUAACUCAGUGAACAAUUGACAGUCGACUAUUUUUUACUCUCAAACUUUGUUUCGUAAAUUUUAAUUAAAAUAAAACCCAAUAAAAAAAAAUAAUAAAAUUUAAAAUGGAAGUAGUUAUCGAUUGUUACUUUGACAAAUUAUUCGAGAACAUGCAACGCGAUUACUUGGUAUCGCGUCAUAAGAGAAGACAGUUAGUUAAAUAUUUUUCUGACGUAAUAAAUAGUUCAGCUGAAGCUGAAAAUCUUGAUACAAGUGACGUAUGUGAACGGAUUGUAAUGUCAGCACUACGUUACCACAACAUCACAAUGUCAGAGAACGGUUCCGUAUGCCUGUUGGGUAAAUUCCACAACGUGUUGUAUGUAGCAGCUAAAUUAUGUUACGAUUGGAAUUUAAAUAACAAUAAAAUAGUAACGCGUUUGUUAAAUGACAUUUAUUACUGUGAAAAAACAUUCGAACGUAUAUUUGUCGGCGCAAUAUUUGGAAUACGCGUGACACAUUUUUUGUCUGGAUGGAAAAGUGAUUUCGAAGACCGUGAAGAAAAUAUACGGGCUCUGAUAUAUUUUCUAGAUCAUGCAGUAAUCGGAAAGUUGGAGUAUACGUCGGCAUCGUCAUUGACGAAGAGACGAUUCAUUGACGUCCCCAUGGAGUCUUACGGACAAGUAUUGCCGCUGAGAGUCGCGAUUCAAAAUGGCGCGCCGGACAUUUUGUUGAUCAUGUUGCGCUACGGCGCAUCGACGGAUUCCGACAAAUUGGCGCCUUCUCCGUUGGAAAUUUUGCUCACUAAAUUAAAUGAGUAUGACGUUGAGAAAAAUAGUAGCGACGAGGGUAAAAAAAUACCGGAUAAUUUGAUUAUUUGUCUGAGGUUUAUUUUACGCACGAUUCCUAUGGCGAGUGUUAAGACUCCGGAACAUAUUGCUAACUCGUGCGGUGUUACGCAUGUUAGUUUGUAUGAACAUUAUCCGAAUUUGGUUGAUCGUAAUUUAGUACCGCCUGAGAGAAGUGGAUUAAUACCGCCGGAGUUGAGGCAUCUUUGCAGAUGCUCAAUACGUCAGAGGUUGUUUGAAAAUUGGGCUCUGCCACAUGGCAUUAAAACUUUACAUAUCCCGAGGGGCUUGCAAAAUUAUCUUGACUUGAUGGCGGAUUGAAAUUUUUUGUUAUCGAUAGUGAGGAUUUUUUGUUCAACGAAAUUUUUUUUUUCAGUUUGGGAUUAAAUUUAAAAAUUAAUUUUGCUCGAGGUGUCAAAGCGAAAUUAUACGCGAUUGUGAUAAAUUACAAGACUGUAACUUUAGUUAAAAUUAUUGUAGGAAAAUAUUUUGUGGUAAAAAUGUAAAUCACUCGAAAAAUUCAGGAAUUUUUGGAAAAGUUACAGGUUAAAUAAUAAAGGGUAAAAUUUUCUCUGAUACAGAGCAGAGUAAAGAUAAAAAUAAAAUUUCUUGGGUUCAAAAUUUAAUUUUUUUAAUUUUCUGACUAAAAAAAUCGAAAUUUGUAUUUUUUUAAAAACAAAAAAUAUUUUCGCUAUUCUUCGAACUCAGCAUAAAAAAUAAUAAUAAAAAAUAACCAAAGAACUAAACUGCGGUAACUGUAAAAAAAUUUCAAAAAUGAACAUUAGAAUAAAAUUUUAAUUUUUUCGUACUAAAAAAAAAAAAAAAUGUAAGCUAAUGCGCCAAUAAAACUAAUCCACAACUGUAUUUUUAAAAUAUUAAAUAUUUUUUUACUCUAAAAAAUAAAUAAUAUUAAAAAAAAAAAAAAAAAAUACUUUUAAUGUUUAUGUACUUUCCAUUUAAAAUUAUAAUAGACUCGGUCUUAAUGUCCGUUGAUGUAAUAUACAAAAUACCGUAACAGUAAUUACUCAUUUGAUUACUUAGUAAUUUUUUACAAUAAAUCUCUAUAGUUAUUUUUCCUUUCACCCCGUCGCUCAAUAUUAUCUCACAUACUGAGUAAAUAAAUAAUUUAUUAAAUAUCUUACUUGUCAGAAUAGUGUAAUAUAUAUAAUAUAUAUAUAUAUAUAUCGUAUGUAUAAAUAGAAUACUUA